GGGACAUUCUCCUGUGUCACCUGUGGAGAGCAGUCACAGUGUGGGUGAGCGUGUCCUCAGCAGAGGAAGAAAGUGGAGACGUCACAUGGAGAGAUGCGACCAGCAGCGGCUGCUUCACCACUCACCACACAUUAACAUAACUAGCUACUACAAGCUAACCGGGCUAGCUACAGGGUCGCUUUGCAUUAUCAAACAUUGGGGAGUGCAAGUGUGACGGAAAUAAGAGCAGGAUUCAUAGACGGCUCAGAAGCAGACACGCAUCCCGGCCACAGACAGUGAUCUUGGCCGCUUCCUGCUCUCCGCUGGCAGGGUAUUUUGUCUCGCUAGCGACGCCAACGAUAGCAAACUGCCUUGGCUAGCGUCAGGCUAGCAAGCUAGCUAGCUAGCUACUAACAUCGCUAACGGUGGUUAGCUAGCUAGCUACUCACGUCGCUAACGGUGGUUAGCUAGCUAGCUAGUAACUUGCGUCAUGGAUGAACUAGUCGCGGAAGUGAGGGGGACCAGUGGGGCCUUUUAUAAGGCCUUUGUGAAGGAUGUUCAUGAAGGAUCAGUCACUGUGGCUUUUGAAAACAACUGGCAGCCGGAACGUCAGAUCCCAUUCCAGGAUGUGCGAUUUCCUCCUCCAACAGGGUUCUGCAAAGAGAUAAAUGAGAGCGAUGAGGUCGAGGUAUAUUCCAGGGCUAAUGACAAAGAGCCAUGUGGGUGGUGGCUGGCCAAGGUUCGCAUGGUUAAAGGAGAGUUCUACGUAAUAGAAUAUGCUGCAUGUGACGCUACAUUAAAUGAGAUUGUGACACUGGAGAGGUUACGGCCAGUCAACCCAAACAAACCAGCCACAAAAAACACAUUCAUCAAGAUCAGACUGGAUGUACCCGAGGAUCUACGACAGAUGUGCUCCAAGGAAUCGGUACACAAAGACUUUAAGAAGGCUGUGGGAGCGUUCACUGUCACCUAUGACUCAGAGAAAAAGCAGCUGGUCAUCUUGUCAGUGAAUGAGGUCACAAUGAAACGUGCCAAUAUGAUGAGUGACAUGCACUUUAGGAGCCUCCGCACCAAACUGUCUCUCAUAAUGAGGAACGAAGAGGCCAGCCGACAACUGGAGAGUUCCAGACAGCUUGCAUCACGGUUUCAUGAACAGUUUGCUGUUAGGGAUGAUUUAAUGGGUCUGGCCAUUGGGACUCACGGAGCGAACAUUCAACAAGCUCGUAAAGUCCCAGGAGUCACUAACAUAGACCUGGAUGAAGAAACAUGCACCUUUCACAUAUAUGGAGAGGACCAGGAGGCUGUCCGCUUGGCGAGGUGUUUCCUGGAGUUUUCUGAAGAUGUCAUCAAAGUUCCCCGGAACUUAGUAGGGAAAGUGAUUGGCAAGAAUGGUAAACUGAUCCAGGAAGUGGUUGAUAAGUCCGGUGUGGUGCGGGUUCGUAUUGAACCUGAAAAUGACAAAAAACCAUCGGCAGCAGCGGCAGCAGCAGCAGACGAGGGAUUGGUGCCAUUUGUUUUUGUGGGGACCAAGGAAAGCAUCUCCAAUGCUACAGUACUGCUGGACUACCAUCUGAACUACCUUAAGGAGGUGGAUCAGCUCCGUCUAGAGCGUCUCCAGAUUGAUGAGCAGCUGAGACAGAUUGGAGGAGGAGGAGGAGGAGGUGGAGGAGGAGGAGGUGGAGGAGGAGGAGGGACAGGACCUCGGAAUCUAAAAGACAAAACCUACGUGUUCGAUAACGGCAUGGGGCUGGGAAUGGGCAGGGGAGCAGGAGGAGGAGGGAAGCCCUACACCGGAGGGGGAGGACGAGGGGGGCGAGGACGAAGAGGAGGAGGUGCAGCUUUUGCCUCAGGCACUAACUCAGAGGCAUCCAAUGCUUCAGAGACAGAGUCAGACCACAGAGAGGAGCUCAGCGACUGGUCGCUGGCCUGCACCGAGGAGCUGAUGACAGGAGGCGGGACCCUGCCCAGAAGGACAGAUGGGAGGAAGAGAGCAGGCGGCGGAGGACCGAGGGGACGAGGGGGGAGAGGAAGAGGAGGAGGGUAUAAAGGUGACGACAUGCAAUGGUGUGAUCCAAGACCUCGUCAUAUCAGAGACCCCAAGACAAGAGCGCAGGAAGACAGCCUACAGAUCCGUGUGGACGGUAACAACGAGCGAAGCGUGCAACACUCGUCAGGGGGUCGAGGAGGAGGAGGGCCUUCCUCCUCCCAGGGUGGUGUCGGCGGUGACGGCCCUUCCCGUCAUCAUCAUCAGAGACCCAUCAGAGACCGAGGGAUGAAGAAGGACAAACAAGACGCUCCUCCGCUGGUGAAUGGAGUGUCGUAGAUACACCACUGGAGGACCUUCUCAUUUAGAUAUAUACACACAUGUUCAGAUACAGACACACACACACAUUCAGAAACACACAAAGGCAACUGGUCAUAUACCAUUGUAGAGUCUCAAUCUCUCUCUCGCUUUUUCUUUCUUUUUUUCGUCAAACGUGAAUACACAUAUUUCAUCAGCAUGGAAGUUUACCGUAGUGAAGUUGUAGACCAGAGGUCGUCUGGUAUCUACUGGUCUGGUCUGUGAGUGUACUGCUCUGGACUCUUCUUGACUGGUAUGCUAUCUUGCGCUCUUCUGUGGAGUGACAAAUAAAAUAAUCAGUACCGUUUUUGGACAAAAGGAAAAGAAGAGGAGGGAUUUGACUAAAGAUCAUCUCUUACUGAGGGAUUAUCCCUGAACGUACCCCCUCUCCUAUCAACAACAAAUUUUUGUUUUGCAUUUUUUUGUCACUGCCCUGUUUGAAAAUGCUCACUCGAGAGAAAAGAAGUGAGGUGAAACAGAAAAUAACAGGGAUUCACAACUACAUUUGAAAGCAUGUGUUCCCUCCCUUUAGAUCCUACAGGUGGAGAAAAACUUUUUGGUGGUAUAAAACUCCAAAAUCCAACAUUUGGCAGUCACAAGUUUAUAAAUUCUUUACAGUCUUUCAGGUAUGAUUCCAGAAAGACUUAAUUAUCAACUGUAAAAUAUAAAAUCUUUUUGAGAAGUAAGGGGCAGACGUGUUUUGGUGUUUCUCAAAUUACUUAUAUAUACAUGGGGAACAUGGUUUGGCACUUAGGAUUCACUCAGCAGUGAAUGAUUUACCAGUCUCAUCAUUUAAAUUGUCUGUAUUUUGUUUGCUUCGGUCUGCAUACUGUAAAAUUCUUUCAUUCUUUCCGACUGUUGGACCAGUCAUGAUUUCAGAGAAGUCGAAGGCAUAGCGAUGGAGAAACAUAAAUCUGAGGCACUUUGAUGCAAAUAAACUGUUAAAAAGUCAUGAGUGAAGCAAAGGGAGACAGGAGCGUCACCAGCAGGUCACAAAAUGAGAUGAACUGCUGUCCAUUAUAAAGAUUAUGCAGUUAAGGAUUAUAAAACCAACAAACCACAGCUAGAAUCACAGAUUAAACUAGUACAUUCACAGUUUUAUAUGGCUAUAGAAUAAACUCUGACACGUGAUGAAAGCAUUCAGCACAAUCAUCACUUACAGAGUCCACGCGGUUGUCACACUCCCAUCAGCCUUCAUGGAUCUCUUCUAUCAACUAGAAUCCACACUGAUCACAACCUUUCUAACAUCAACAAAGGGAUAUUUGAGAUUAGGCUGCAAGAUGAACUUAACUGCGGUUAUUUUUACUAACAAACCAGUCGAGGAUAGAUGCCUUUCAAAUUAGUGCAUCAACUUUGCUUUCAGACAAACCGGAUAAAGCAGCAACAUCGUCAGUGCUGACCUCCUGUCACCUGAUCCCAUGAGCUUUCUUUAAUUUAUGAAAACCUUUGUAUUUAACUUUUGUUUUGCAGUUAGUGUUUCGAGUAUUAGUGUAGAGGAAACAAGUUAUUGUGAGUAAUGCCUUGAUAUAAUAAAAACGUGGUUUAAGUUUAAUUCUCUCUGGUUUUCCAACUCAUUGUGGGCCCAAUCGUCUUAGUUGAAUAUUUUCUGUGUUAAUCUUUUUUCAUUUAGCUCUUCAGUUCUGCCUGGAGUCUUAAAAAAUAUUUCAGGUGUGUUUUCUACUUCCUGGUUAUUAGUAAUGGGACUGUGAAUGUCACCUGAAGUUAGAGGCACAGUAAAUUUUAUAGAAACCACUUAGAUUAGAAGCAAUUUGUGAUUAGCAAUUCUUAUCACAAGUCUGGUUAAAUCCUUUGUGUUGAUCACUGUCACUUUUCUGCCAUUCCUCUGGGUCAUAACAAGUCUUUUAAAAAAAAAAAAGAAAACAUCUUUGUGCCUUGAAUUUAUGCUUCUCAAUUUCUGUGAAUUUGGCCCAUUCUUAAAAUAUCCGGUUUACCCUGAAUAGGUCAAAUCCUUUAAUAGUGUAUGUUUAAACCCAGUGUAACACCGCUGCCAUUUUUUCUUUCAUGUUUCGGACAUUAAGUACAAGUGGCUUUCUCUUUCUUGGAUCAUUCAUUCCAUGAAUCUGUAUGAAUUUCUUAGAAUUCGUUUGGAUAGACCAAAUGGUCAAAGAGAAUUUCGACAGAUUUAGGUCUAUUAGUCUUGUACGAUGUCCAGUCUUGUAGUUUUGCUCUAGAACUAUCUUUGUUGUGAUAGUGACUCAGUGACAUAGACAGAAACAAGAGAACAACCUUCAAAGAGCAGAAAUUGACUUUUCUAAGUAGUGCAGGUUUCUCAACAUCAGAGGAACAUCAGAAAAAAACAGACCUGUGUAGACUUGAAGCUCUCAUCUUGAAAUGUUGCUGUUUUGUCGAGUCACUAAAUGAAGGAUGCUACUGAACAUCAGCGCCAUCCAAAUAGGGCGGCACGAAGGCCUUUAUUGAUCAUUUACACUCUCAGUUGACCUGAAUUGUGCCCUACGUUCAAACAGACUCCAGUUACCCUGAUGAGCUAGCAUAGCAAGUUUUUGUAUAUUAAUGAAUGAAAAUAAGAGUCAUGGGGACAUUUGUUUGGAUUCAUUUGAUUUCUUUUGAAAACCUGUUGAAAUGUGAGAAAGUUGCUGUAAAAUUGAAAAUUCAAAGCAAAAAAAGUUUCUCAAGGUUUCUCUGCGUAUUCAUAGGUUUGUCAACAUUAGAUCCCAAUUUUAUACAUCAAAUCCCUGUAAUUCAUUCAGUAUCUGGCUGUAUGCUGGUCCUGAUUUUCAGUUUUAAUAUUGCUAGGUAUGUGUCAAUGUUGUGGAAAGAACAACUUUACUGAUUAAAUUGAUUUAUUCAGUUGUUCAGGAAUUAGAAAUCUGUCCUUUCUCUAAAGGAAUAGUGUGACAUUUUCAAAAAAUCCUCCCCAUCUUAUUGUUGAGAUUUGAAUGAACCAGCAGGUUAUUAGCUUGGAUUAGCUAAAGGCUGAAAAUGGGGAAAUACCCAGCCUGCCUAUGUGCAGAGUUAACAACAUCCAGCCAGCACCUUUAAAACCCGCCAACAUGCUACAAAAAUCAGUUUUUUUCAGAACUAAUUAUUUCUUGGCCUGGCACUGUGGCUACUGGGCUAGCAUUUCCCCUCUGCUUCCAGUCUCUAUGAUAAGCUAAGCUAACUAACUGCCAAUGUGAUAAUGCGACACAAUAUAUGAGUCAUGUUGAUCCUUCCUCUUUUCAAACGUUUCCUGAAAUGUCAAAACUAUCCUUUUAAUGAGCUGCUGUCUUUAGGACUGUCAUUAAUCAGCAUAGUGCAAAAUUACUCCAGAAAAUUUGUGAUUGGCUUUUACCUGUUCAGAUGCAAAACAGAAACAAAAGUUACUUGUAAUAAAGACAAGUUUAUAAAAGCCUGUUAUCUUCAUGCUUCAAAGCUGUGAAUGCUCAGAGAAACUUUACCAUAUUCUGUGUGACAUGUGCCUUUUAAUUGUGGCUAGUAUCACAACCUAGACUUGUAAAUCAGGGAUGAUGAGGAGACAUUGACCAGAUGGAUAAAGAUGGCUAAUUCCAAAGUGAUUCAUGAGUCAUUCAGUCACUCUGGGUUGUCACUGGGAAAGCUGAACAUUUCUGACCCUUCUCUAAAACCCAAAGGGCGGCUCUUUAUUAUACAGUUGACCGGCUUCACCAGGAAACAGCCUUCUUUUCCCACCUGGUCCCUUUUAAACACUGAACGUGUUGUAUCUUUGUACAGUCGACAAACAUAACGCCUGUAGCCUAUGACCUGGUUCAAUUGAUCUGUGAAAUGGAUUCAGUUGCUUUUGUACACGGCUGCAGUUCAGAACUUUUGCACCAGAACACAGCCUCCCCAUAGACUUCCUUCUUUUAGCAUUUAAUCUUGAGAUGCAAAACAGUUUGACCCAGUGUAAGUUUAUUCCCUCUAUUCGUCCCGUAUAGUAACUUCAGUAAUGAAAGGAAGUAAAAAGACUCCAGAGGUUGAGCCAGGUCUUCUCUUUAGCAGAGAUCAGUGAACCUUCCUAGUCUUGCAAUGCAUGCACAUCUUUUAUUAUGGAUUUUGGACAUUCAAUGACUUUGAAAAAAAAGACAUACAUCAGUUUAUUUUUUUUAAUCAGUGUUACUUUGUCUCACGUCAUUCUGACCUAAGACUGGCCGGAGUUUUGAAGUAUCCAGUGAUGAGUAACAUCUUCUGACAACCACCAGCUUAGAGUCAGUGAGACAUGGGAAACUUUUACCUUUUAGAAAAUGUGUCCAGAAUGGUUGGAAACAUGAGUAAUGAAUCACCAAACAGGCUUUUAGUUCAAAGUUAAUUUUCCUUUUUCUAAGGUUACCGGUCAGUUUCUCCAUCACUAAUCUGUUCGGACUUUGCUUUCACUUGGUGUUCACACUGCUGUUUAACCAGUGAGCAUCAUCUGCAGUGCAUCCACAAACAGCUCACCUCUAUAUUGUCAAUAGAGCAUCAGCAGUAUGGACUUGCUUUGUAUUGUUAAAAAAACAUAAGAAAAGAAGGGAGGCUGGUAUACUGUAUAUAAUGAUGUCAUUAUUUGUCUGAGAAAAGAUUUGUACAAUUGUUUCAAAUGUGCACUUAUCCUGAUAUUUUCUUUUUUGCUGUUUAAUAUCAGUUCAAUGCUAGAUCUCUUGAUAAUAAACUUAAUGAUGUGUGGAAAAAAUA